UUCGACCAAAGGCAGUAUAGGUCAUUCACGUUGGGACGAGAGAUUUGCUAGGAAUUACUUUUCCGGAACCUUAGAGGCCAAUCUGCCCUAAGAUCUGAACACCUCACAUGGCUCAUUCCUAGACCUCGUGCUUCUAGAAACACAAGCAUUUCGAUAUGCCAAGGCGACACAGUCUUCCCCAAGUCCCCACGAGUCAUCAGUUUUCACUAGCAUCGCCUCACAACCAUCCUCUCCUCUUGCCGCCCGACGCUCCUUAAAUUCCUGCUUUCGGGUGGACAAGUCGGUCAAUGGUGCAAAAGGCAGUGGUCGGCUUUUCUUCCUGAACAGCUCCACAUUUGAAACAUCUCUCCUUUAACCUUCUUUCUAAGACAUUAUCAUUGAGUGCCACUGUUCGUCUCCAGUCCGAGAACUGAACUGACCCAAAGACCCACUUUUUCUCUCAUCAUCAUCCCUUCAGGAUCAUGAGAUUUUCGACUCUCAAAAGAAGAAGGUGGAUCAUGAGGACAGCAAUCAUCAUUACUAGUCUGAUGUGUUGUUCUUCCGCUAGAGACAGCAUGACGCUCAGCAGCCCGCUCAGCGAUGAGCACGGAGACACUCUGGUUUCUGAUGGAGGGACUUUCCAACUUGGCUUCUUCAGCCCCAACGGAAGCUCGGGCUCUGACCACAGAAGGUACCUUGGAAUAUGGUACCACGACUCCGACCCGCAGACCGUAGUUUGGGUUGCUAACAGAGACCACCCUGUGUUGGAUGUGACUGGAGUUUUGACGCUGACGCAAGAUGGUAACCUCAAGGUGUUGGACAAAGCUGGUAAAUCUUACUGGUCAACAAAUCUCGAGGAAUCAUCCCAUCUUGCAUUGAAAGUUCAGCUACUGGACACGGGUAAUUUAGUCGUAGCCAGAGGAGGAGAGAGUGGAGAGGCGGAGUCUGGCUCGGGGAAGAUGAUUCUGUGGCAGAGCUUCGAUUACCCGACCGACACGUUCCUCCCGGGGAUGAAGAUGGAUGAGAAUAUGACCCUCACUUCGUGGAGAAGCGACGACGACCCGUCGCCCGGGAACUACUCCUUUCAGCUGGAUCAAGAAGGGCAGUACCAGUUUGUGGUCUGGAGAAGAUCUAUCCGGUAUUGGAAAAGCGGAGUCUCGGGGAAGUUCAUCACCUCGGACGACAUGCCGUAUUCCAUCUCGUACUUCUUGUCCAACUUCACGACCAGCAUAGACAACAACGCUUCCGUCCCGUACCUCACAUCGUCGAUGUACAUCGACACGAGGCUGAUCAUGAGUUCUUGGGGCCAAGUUCAGUACCUGAAGCGCGACUCAGAAAAGGUCUGGGCUUUCGUAUGGGCUGAGCCGAGGGACAGAUGCAGCGUGUAUAACAUGUGUGGGGAUUUCGGAAGCUGCAACAGCGACGCCGACGUGGUGUGUAAGUGCUUGCCGGGUUUCAGUCCGAGCUCACCGGAUUUGUGGAAUUUGGGGGACUUUUCUGGCGGGUGCAUUAGGAAGUCAAUAUUGUGCAACAAGGGGAGCGAGACGUUCCUCGGCUUGAAGGCGAUGAAAGUAGGAAAGCCGGACUCAGAAUUUGUGGCUGCAGACGAAAUGGAGUGCAAGAAAGAGUGCCUCAAUAGUUGCCAGUGCCAGGCUUACUCAUUUGAAGAAGGCGAAUCUGCUGCGGGCAAGGCGGUUCGGGUGGUGGUCUGCUGGAUUUGGUCGGAGAAUCUUAAUAAUCUUCAGGACGGUUAUGAUGAAGGCCGCGAUUUGUUCGUCCGUAUUGCAGUUUCUGAUAUAGAAUCUACAGCUAGAAAUUGUGAGAUUUGUGGAACAAACUUGAUUCCAUAUCCCCUCAGCACUGGAUCACAAUGUGGAGACCCCAUGUAUAGAAGUUUCUACUGCAACACAUCUACAGGAACAGUCAAUUUCAAGUCGCCUAGUGGCACCUAUCAAGUGACACAAAUCAUCCCCGAAUCACGUAAGUUCCUUAUCAGAUCGAAACAAACAGAUAGUUGCAAGGUCCUGGCGUUCAAUCGGUCUUUGCCUUUUCACUUGUCAAGCUCAUGCCGUGGCAAAACAAGCAGUAAACCUGAAAUAGAGAUUAGUUGGGAGCCACCACCAGAGCCGACCUGCAUUACAUCCACAGACUGCACAGAUUGGCCCGAUUCAACUUGUAGCACCACAUUAGAUGGUCGGAGGUGUCUGUGCAAACCCAAUUUUCGGUGGAAUCCUCUACUCCUUAAUUGUACUAAAGGUAAGAAGCAUGAAGUUCUAUCGAGCAAAAAGGUGCCACCGUCUGUAGUCAUUUCCAUAACAUUUGCAUGUAUUCUUGUUCUGAUUGCUCUCUUAAGCACUGUUGCUUUUAUCUACAUACAGAGGAGGAACUCUGGCAAGAAAAAAGGGAACUGGUCGAACAUACGGAGAUAUUCUGCACGUCAACUAUAUGACAGUGAGAGACAAGUCAAAGAAUUGAUUGACUCGGGUCGGUUCAAAGAGGAUAGUUCAAAUGGGAUUGAUGUUCCAUUUUACAAUCUGGAGAGCAUACUAGCAGCCACCGACAAUUUCUCAAAUAUAAACAAGCUAGGACAGGGAGGAUUUGGGCUUGUUUACAAGGGCAAAUUUCCAGGAGGACAAGUACUGGCAGUGAAACGGCUCUCAAGUUUUUCUGGUCAGGGUUUUGAGGAGUUCAAAAAUGAGGUUAUCUUGAUCGCGAAACUUCAACACCGCAAUCUCGUGAGGCUUUUGGGUUACUGUGUAGAAGGAGAUGAAAAGAUUUUGCUGUAUGAAUACAUGCCCAAUAAAAGCUUAGACUCCUUUAUAUUUGAUCGGACUUUAUGCAUGUCAUUGGAUUGGAACACACGUUUUAAGAUCAUACUUGGAAUUGCUCGAGGGCUUUUGUAUCUACACCAAGACUCUAGGUUGAGAAUCGUCCACAGAGACCUGAAAACAAGCAACAUCCUGCUGGACGAGGAGAUGAAUCCCAAAAUAUCCGACUUUGGAUUGGCGAGGAUAUUUGGAGUCAAAGAAAUAUCAGUGAACACAAACAGAGUAGUCGGAACUUAUGGCUACAUGUCCCCAGAGUACGCACUGGACGGUUUCUUCUCAGAUAAGUCCGACGUUUUCAGCUUCGGCGUCGUGGUACUCGAAGUCCUCAGCGGGAAAAGAAACACAGGAUUCUAUCAGGCUGAGCAAGGUUUGAGUCUCUUAGGCUAUGCGUGGUCGUUGUGGAAAGAAGAGAAAUCGGUAGACUUGAUGGACCCGACACUCCAUAAAAGCUGCAACAUGAACGAGUAUCUGAGGUGCAUCAGUGUCGGGCUACUAUGCGUACAAGAAGACCCGAACGAUCGCCCCACCAUGUCGAAUGCAGUCUUCAUGCUAGGCAAUGAAACUGCCACUCUUCCGACCCCUAAGCAACCUGCUUUUGUCAUGAGACGAUGUCCCUCGAGCGGGGCUUCCACAUCCAGCAAACUGGAGAGCUGCUCUUUCAAUGAGCUGACUGUUACUCUGGUGAACGGCCGGUAGCAGAUAAAGUGCGGCCCUACUUUUUGAUUCGGCAUUGAUUCCAUGUGCAUUAGGAAUGAAUCUCUUCAAUGCAAUUGUCAGUUGGUUUGAAAAUGUGUUGAGGCAAUUUUGAUCUCUAAGUUCAUCAAUGCUUCUUUUGUGGAGAGGUACUGUACAAUGUAUAAUAUCAUUCAUUUGACUGGAAGAAUCAGAUCCAUCACUAUAUCGUA